AUAGCGUUACCACAAUAUUGUAUUAUAAGAAUUGUUAUCAUAAACUGGUUAAAAUUAAUUGUACUUGUUAAGAAUGAAGCUUUCAAGCCUUAAAUUAUUGACAAAUAUAGGAAAAAGAAAUAUUCAUAUAUCCAAAUGCACAUCAUUAUUUUACGAAGAUCCUGGAAAGCAGGGUUUACGAAUAAAAAGUGAUCGAGAGCUAGAAUGGGAAAAAAUGUCUUUUCUGAAUAAAUGCAGCAUCGAAUUAAAUCUUUAUAAAGAAGGAAUAAAAGAAACAAUUCAAAAUUAUAUUAAAGACACGAUUCGGGGUCCACAAUAUUUUAUAUAUGAUCAUGAAGUUAAUGUUGAGUGGAGAUUUACAGGCGAUAAAGUAGAAUUGAACAAUUGGAUUGUAUCAUCGGAUAAAGAUUUUAAUAUGGGAUAUUCAACAGCACAAUUAGAAUAUACACCCGAAUCAAAAGGUAUAUUUCAUGGAUUUUUGGAUAUGAAAUUACCAGCAGAUGGAAAGCAGAAAAAUACAGGGUUUUGUAAUCUAAGAACAGUAGCAAGAUUAGAUCCUUUUAAAAAUGUAGUGCCGUACGAUUGGCAUGCUUAUAAUCAUUUAGUAUUACAUUUAAGAGGCGAUGGACGAAUAUAUACAAUCAAUUUACAUAUGGAAAGAACAUUUGACAUGUGUAUGUAUGAUAUUUAUCAAUAUUUUAUUUGGACUAGAGGUGGUCCAUACUGGCAACACGUGAGAAUACCAUUUUCGAAAUUCUUCUUUACCUAUAAAGGUAGAAUUCAAUCUUUAACUACGGCUAUGCCACGAAGCGAAGUAAAAUUUAUUAGUGUUACUAUAGCAGAUAAGAUCGAUGGUCCUUUCCAAUUAGAAAUUGAUUAUAUUGGUGUUGAAUAUGAUCCAACUCAUAUAGAGGAAUGUGCAUAUGAAAAUUAUGAUUAUUGA